GGUACAGUCACGCAGGAAAUAAAAUAAUACUAGGAAUCGCGUUCCCGAUACAACUCUUAAUUUAUUGUAAAAAGAGUGCAACGUGAUGAGGAUAAAAGCAAAAUUGAAAAAUCCUGUUCUAUGUCUCCUGAGGUAUAAUGUCGAAGACUGAGACAGAGGAGAAGCAUCCCCUUCUCCUGUACGUCGUGGAAAGCAACGAGGACUUGUCCAAGACCAAUAAGAAGUAUUUCGACAAGGGUAGAUUCCAUGGCAUCACCUCUGGCGCGACGGCCGUCUUCAGGCAAUUUCCAAACUACGUAGGAACGUGCUGGGUCACUACAGCCUUUAGCGGCCUGCUGUUCUUCAUGAUGGUCCUCCUCAUCAUGUCCACCAUCUCCACUGGAGGCCUCAGGGUGCCCAGGUGCAUCCCCAAGGACGAAAUCAGCAACGACACCAUCCACCUGGUCCACAAGCGUCACGCGGACGAUUGGGACCCCUUGGAAGUCAACUUAUUCGAAAGGAUCGUUGAAAACUAUCCCAAGUACAAAAUCCACUUGAUCCUCAUCCAGCAAAAUACGCCCAGGACCAGGUCCAGGCACGAGAGACGCAUUUUGGAAGAGACGGAACGUAUUAACCCUUCCAGCACCACGACUUUGAAAGCUUCGUCGAAUUUGAUCGAAGAGAAGAGAACUACGAAGAUUGAAGUUAAAAGGAAAAAGAGAAAGACCAAUGACUUUAGAAUGAGCAUCAACAUGAGCGCAAAAAGACUGCUGGAUAUCUUACUGCAUGGGAAAUCCCCUUCGCUAAACGACACAGACAAGUUGGAAAAAACUAAAACAACUGGCUCAGUAGAAAAGACUACCGAGCGAGUAAAAUCAUUAGACGACCUUCUUAAAAUCCACCCCAACAUAAUCCUGGACAACACCACUUACAGCCACGUCUUCUACAUGUCACCCCUCUACGCGUACUGGCCUUAUCUCAACGAGAACUUACGCGUUUUCGCCGUCAGGGUGCUCCAACUUUGGCAGUACGGUGGCAUAAGCUUCGAUCUCAGUCCUACGAUCAAACAACUCGAAACCAACACCACCAACAACCACCCGGUCAACAAAACCAGCGAGGAGAAAACGUUGGACGCCAUCUUCAACAAGAAACUGCUGAGUUUCAUCAUCACCGAGAAGAGGAACUACGAGAAACUACCCAGCGGAGUCGUAGCGGCCGACGACGAAGCUCUGCACAUGGAGAGUAAGAUUCCCUGCCACGCGUUCUUCGGGGAGAUUUUGAUGAACCUCAGGAGGGCUCAGGACGACACCACCGUUAAGGAUGUCCUGCAGGAGUCUUUGAAGGUGUUCUGCAGGCACUCUGCGGCCAACAAGAAGUACUGCGAUUUGAUCACUAGCGACAAAUGACGACUUCAGGUAAUUAUUUUCGUGAAAAAUUGUAACGUGUU